CAACCACGAACAACCACAUUAACUCACCCAUGAACAUUCUCCGAAGAAAAAUGUCGUCAAUCGCAGUCGCUCCGGCGAAGAUCGUGAGCGAAAAGAGCCAUCAAGUUGCUGGCAAGCUGAGCAUAACCGAGCACUUCUUUGACGUGCCUAAAGACUACAGUAAACCAGAAGCCGGUACAAUCCGUGUCUUCGGACGUAGUGUUCGCAAACACGAGAAUCCUGUGGUCCCCAAACCUGAAGCAGAACGCAAGACAGCAUCUCAGCUCCCAUGGAUCGUCUAUCUCAACGGCGGUCCAGGGCUAGAAUGCCGCCCUCCACACCACUAUCCCUUCGUUCAUCGACUUCUCGAUGCCGGAUACCAAGCUUUCUUCCUCGAUCAACGAGGUACAGGUCUCUCCACUCCUGUCACAGCAUCCACAUUAGGACUCCGGGGCUACAACGACGUCCAAGCCGAGUACUUGAAGCUUUAUCGCGCAGACAACAUCGUACGAGACUGUGAAGCAAUCCGUCAAGCCCUAACAGCAGACUAUCCUCCCGAAAAGCAGAAAUGGAGCACAAUCGGACAAUCCUUCGGCGGCUUCUGUACCAUCACCUAUCUAUCCUUCUACCCUGAAGGUCUUCGAGAGUCAUUCCUCUUUGGCGGUCUGCAGCCACUCGUCUCAACGCCAGACGAUGUCUACAGACGUCUAUACCGCAAAGUCGCAGAACGAAACAAAGUCUACUACGCCAAAUACCCCGAAGACGUAGAACGCGUCAAGAACAUCCUCACAUACCUUUCCCGCUUCGGCGACGGCAAAAUCAAACUUCCCUCCGAAGGAACCCUCACCCGAAGACGCUUCCUAGCCAUGGGAAUCGCACUAGGAAUGCACGGCGGACUAGACAGCGUACAUGAUAUUGUGCAACGAGCAAACAACGACAUUGAACUUUUCGGGCACCUGACACGCGGGACAUUAGCAGCAAUUGACUCUUCCUCUCCGUUCGAUAAUCAUCUCAUCUACGCCAUCCUGCACGAACCCAUAUACUGUUCUGGACCCAACAAAGGCGCACCAAACUGGUCCGCGCAUCGCUUACAAUCUGAAUAUCCAGAAUUCAGCAUCGAUGAUCGGAAAGAUGAUUCCCAACCGAUCUAUUUCACAGGUGAAAUGGUGUACCCUUGGAUGUUCGAAGACUAUGCCGAAUUGCGCAAAGUGCAAGACGUAGCGGAGCGCAUCGCGAAGGAAGAAAACUGGCCGGCCUUGUUCGAUGAGGAACAGUUGCAGAAGAAUGAAGUUCCAGUAUAUGCUGCGAGUUAUGUGGAAGAUAUGUAUGUGGAUUUUGAUCUCGCGAGUGAGACGGCGAAGAAGAUCAAGGGAGCCAAAGUGUUUACGACGAAUGUUAUGUUCCAUGAUGCGAUCCGGUCGAAGAUGGAUGACGUGGUGAGGCAGGCGUUCGCUUUGAGGGAUGAUGUUCUGGACUAGAGUUGCUCAGUGCCGGCAACUGUAUGUUGCGAGAUUUGGGCCGUUGUGAUUGGAGGGUUGAACCGGAGGAAGUGCAUAGAUGUGUCCAGCAGCUGUGAGCUUGUAUAGCCAGAUGAAUGACCGAAUCGAAAGUCUUGACGAGAAUCUUUUCCUUCGGCAGGUUGUGCUCGAUCCUUGGUCUCAGUUGAUCUGCGUAUCGUUGAUGUGUAUCACAGGCGAGCCUCAGCGAGCCCUAGGCAGUCAGUGCACCUCAGC